AUGCCCCUUGUGCAGUUGCCAGAGUACCGUCAGAUUCUGUUUCUAUUGAUCGCACUUUGCCCCAUGGCUGUCAUCGUGGUCGAAGCUCCUCUGCCUGAUGCUCUCAAACCUGCCAUCCCAAGUUCCUCGCCACUCCAAUGGUGGGGGAGACGAUGCAUGGAGGAGCUGCUUGACUUCUCCUUUGUAUCAUGGCUUUGCCUCGGGUGGCCUUCUACUGCUCUUGUUACAUUGGCUCCUGCUGCCGGUGAUGGUUCUGGGUGGCCUAUUGCCACCACCUCUAAAUUUCCUCACUUGGCUCUGGCUAUUUCGCCUCCUAGCUUGCAGGUUCCCGCUUCAACGUUUCCACCUGCUAAUCAACAUCUUUGUUGUUCUGUUUCAACGUUUAUGUCUGGAAAUGACCUAAAAGAAAGCCUUUCAAAAGCCGCAAACCAGGAGAAAACCGUUCUGAUCACGACUCUAAACGCGGCGUGGGCGCAGAACAAUAGCAUGCUGGAUUUUUUCCUGAAAAGUUUCCACAUCGGUAACGGAACAGAGGCGUUGUUGAAAAAUUUGUUGAUUGUUGCCGUAGAUGAGAAGGCGCUCAAUCGCUGCCGUGAAAUACAUCCGCAUUGUUAUCUGAUGAAAACAGAGGGAGUCGAUUUCUCGGGAGAAGAGCUUUACAUGACUCAAGAUUAUUUGAAAAUGAUGUGGAGAAGGCUUCUCUUUUUUGGAGAGGUCUUGGAGCGAGGAUAUAACUUCCUUUUCUCGGAUGCUGAUAUUAUGUGGUUUCGAGAUCCCUUCACAAAAUUCUCAUCCAGAGCAGAGUUCCAAAUAGCAUCAGAUUAUUAUACAGGGAAACCAGAUGAUCUGCACAAUUCGCCUAAUGGAGGAUUCAUGUAUGUUCACUCCAAUGAAAAGACUGUAGAGUUUUUCAAGUUUUGGUAUCAAUCCAAGAAAGUUUAUUUAGGUAAAAAUGAGCAAGAUGUGUUGAACAUACUGAAAUGGAAGGAGUUCAGAAGCAGGGGACUUGAAGUCGAAUUCCUUGAUACUAAAUAUUUUGGCGGUUACUGUCAACGAACGAAUGAUCUGAAUUCGGUCUGUACCAUGCAUGCCAACUGUUGCAAAGGUCUGAAGGCCAAGCUUAUUGAUUUGAGAAAUACUCUUUCCGACUGGGAGAAAUCUAAGCGACAAGAACACCUAGGUAAAGGCAAGGAUGUGCGCUGGACAUUUGCAAACGCAUGUAGCCAUUCCUGGCGACGAUGAAACGUUUUCAACGGACUGUUGUAGCCUCAUCAUUCGUUUCUUCUGGAAUUUCUGCGUUCCUAAUUUAAAGGAAUUCAGGAAAAUCCUAAAUAACUCCUGUGUCAUUAGCUUGGAAUCAUCUAAAUUAGAAGGAAAACAAAUGUCCCUGAAAUUCAGAGACAUCGUUCACCAUUAAUUUUGUUUCUUUCCAUUUACAAUUGAAAAAAGAAAAAAUCAUAUUGCAAUAACUUCCUGAACUGGAAUAAACAGAAAUGUCUUUACAGUGGAAAACUGGUGGGGACAUCGUCUCCGGUUGGUUAGGUUCGCGGGAUUCUUGUGAAAACAUUC